GCUCCUCCCGCGGCGUGCGCGGCCUCGGCGCUACGCGAGCGCGGGGAUCCGCCGCGGCCUGCGGGCCGCCAUGGCCGGGGAGGUGAAAACCAAGCUGUCCAAGAACCUGCUGCGCAUGAAGUUCAUGCAAAGGGGUUUGGAUUCACAAACUAAAAAACAACUAGAGGAAGAAGAAAAGAAGAUAAUUAGUGAAGAACACUGGUAUCUUGAUGUACCAGAUCUAAAGGAAAAAGAGAGCUGUAUAAUAGAAGAGAGAAGCUUUCUGCGAUGUGAGGAUCUCGUUUAUGGCAGAAUGUCCUUCAAAGGAUUCAAUCCUGAAAUUGAGAAGUUAAUGAUCCAAAUGAACUCCAAGUGCAAGGAGGAAAAAAUUGAAGAGGAUGAUAAAAUGGAGGCUGAUGUGUCAGAUGAAGAAAUGGCCAGAAGAUAUGAAACAUUAGUGGGAACAAUAGGGAAGAAAUUUUUGAGAAAAAGGGACCAACGUGUACUCAAGGAUGAUGAUGAAGAUGAAGAUGAUGAAGAGGGGAAUAGUAAUGCAAGACCUAGUAAAAGAGCUAAGAAAAUGUUCUUAAAACCUCAGGAUUAAUGUCAACUGCACAAGUGGAGCUUGUUACUUAAUGCCUACCAAACAGAGUACCAAGGACUGGAGAUUGUUUGGAGUUUUUGCUAUUUAGUGUAAAGGGUGGAUUUGUAAAUCUGUUCUAUUCUCAUUGAAAUUUCUACCAUCCACAGGACAGACACUUUCCAAAGUGGGUGUUUAUAUAAUGGAUGUUGUACAUCCUUUCCUCUCUCAGCAGCUUUUCAUGAGUGGGGCACUCAUCCCAUCAGUCUCUUUAAAUGUUCUGCAUAGUUAAAUUGAGUGUUGCAUGCAAUCAAAAGCAACGUUAUUUACAAUUUAGGAUAACAUCUGAAAGAAUUAUUUGGAGUAAAGAUGAGCUGUGUCCAAUUCAGUAAGGCAGUUCAGCUUUCACUGCUUGCUUUAUUAUGAAAAUGAAACCUGCGCUCUCUUCAAAUUGAAAAAAGUCAGCAGAAACAUGCUUGGUUUGUGGUCUUU